CACAGAGGGAGACAGGCUGAUGAACUGCCCUGCCUGGUGAUCACACACAGAGAGUACCUGACAUCUGUAUCCUCAUGAUGCGUGACAAGAGCAGGCCCAGCUAUGGCUCCAUCUCUAGUCCGUCUGGUCGAGCACCUCAGCAAGUGCCUCCCAAAGAGACCUACCUGAGUGAGAAGAUCCCCAUCCCGGGUGCAGAACCGGGCACAUUCAGCCUAUGGAAGCUGUGGGCAUUCACAGGGCCUGGCUUCCUCAUGAGCAUCGCUUUCCUGGACCCAGGGAACAUUGAGUCAGACCUUCAGGCUGGCGCUGUGGCUGGAUUCAAACUGCUCUGGGUGCUACUGUGGGCCACUGUGCUGGGCUUGCUCUGCCAGCGGCUGGCUGCCCGGCUUGGUGUGGUGACAGGCAAGGACUUGGGUGAAGUCUGCCAUCUCUACUACCCUAAGGUACCCCGAACCCUCCUCUGGUUGACCAUCGAGCUAGCCAUUGUGGGCUCUGACAUGCAGGAAGUCAUUGGCACGGCCAUCGCUUUCAAUCUGCUCUCAGCGGGAAGAAUCCCACUGUGGGGUGGAGUCCUGAUCACCAUAGUUGACACCUUCUUCUUCCUCUUCCUGGAUAACUAUGGGUUGCGAAAGCUGGAAGCUUUUUUUGGAUUCCUUAUUAUCAUCAUGGCCUUGACUUUUGGCUAUGAGUAUGUGGUAGCAAGUCCUGCUCAGGGAGCGCUUCUUCGGGGCCUGUUCCUGCCCUCCUGCCAGGGCUGUGGUCACCCUGAGCUGUUGCAGGCUGUGGGGAUCGUUGGAGCCAUCAUUAUGCCUCACAACAUUUACCUGCACUCAGCCUUGGUCAAGUCUAGAGAGGUAGACAGAGCACACCGGGUGGAUAUCCGAGAAGCCAACAUGUACUUCCUGAUUGAGGCCACCAUCGCCUUAUCUGUCUCCUUCAUCAUCAACUUGUUUGUCAUGGCUGUCUUUGGUCAGGCCUUCUACCAGCAAACCAACCAGGAUGCGUUCAACAUCUGUGCGAACAGCAGCCUCCGAGACUACGCCAAGAUCUUCCCCAGGGACAACCACACAGUGUCAGUGGACAUUUACCAAGGGGGUGUGAUCCUAGGCUGCCUCUUCGGUCCCACAGCCCUCUACAUCUGGGCGGUGGGUCUCCUGGCAGCUGGGCAGAGUUCCACUAUGACCGGCACCUACGCGGGACAGUUCGUGAUGGAGGGCUUUCUGAGGCUGAGGUGGUCCCGCUUUGCACGUGUCCUCCUCACUCGCUCCUGCGCCAUCCUGCCCACAGUGCUGGUGGCCAUCUUCCGAGAUCUGAAGGACCUGUCUGGCCUCAACGACCUGCUCAAUGUCCUGCAGAGUCUCCUGCUGCCCUUUGCUGUGCUGCCCAUACUGACCUUCACCAGCAUGCCGGCAGUCAUGCAGGAGUUCGCCAAUGGCCUGUUGAGCAAGGCCAUCACUUCCUGCAUCAUGACACUGAUCUGUGCCUUCAACCUCUACUUCGUGGUCAGCUACCUGCCCAGUCUCCCACACCCUGCCUAUUUUGGCCUUGUAGCUCUGCUGGCAGUAGCCUAUGUGGGCCUCACUGUCUAUCUGGCCUGGACCUGUUGCAUUGCCCAUGGAGCAGCCUUUCUGAUCCACAGCUCUCACCAGCACUUCCUGUAUGGGCUCCCAGAAGAGAAGCCAGAGGAUGGGGAGCAGUCUGGGUAAGCCCCACCCAGGGCCUGACUGGAAGGUGGAAUAAGGGGCACCCUGGCCCACAGGAUACAGCAGGCAAGGAGACAGAGCAAGACAGUGGGAGGCCUACCACCAAGGCUUUACUUACCCUUUCCAGUUUAGACAAGCGCUUCACCUCUGAGUCUCAACGUACUCAUCUGUAGCUACACCCAUCUUAUCAUGGAUGUAAGAGAACACAGUAUUUGGCCCUUGGUACCU